GCGACCCGUCCUUGGAAGAGUGUGGCAGAGAGGCGAUACAGCAAGAGGAGCAUCAGUCCGUAGCAUUUCUGGCUUACUCGCCAGAGUCGGUACAGGUCAGCCGUCGAUGUGCCUUUUGAAACAGCUCUCGGCCGCCAAGAUGCAAAGCCUUUCCUCGCUGAUAUUGGCGACAACUGCUGGUGUCGCUUUGGGCGGCAACGUCGUGAGCAACUCGCAGUCGGCAUUUGUACACCUGUUCGAGUGGUCGUGGGGCGAUGUGGCUCAGGAGUGUGAGCAGUGGCUCGGUCCAAAGGGCUUCAAGGCCGUUCAGGUCUCGCCGCCGACGGAGCACAUCCAAGGUGCGGCCUGGUGGACGCGCUACCAGCCUGUCACCUACAACCUGAUUUCGAGAUCUGGUAACGAGACCGAGUUCGCCUCCAUGGUGCAGCGGUGCAAGGAGGCUGGUGUGGACAUCUACGUCGAUGCCGUCUUCAACCAUAUCGCCGCUGGCAGCGGCACGGCGAUAGGUGGCAGUAAGUACGGCGGUCGCGCGACGCCAAUCUAUCGAAGACGCUUGCGGCAAACCACUGCCGCCCCCUGUCGUUCGGCAACGCCCUGGAGGGCUCCACGUGGCAGUUCGAGUUCCCCGUCUUUGGCCCUUCCGGGGAUCUCCUCAGAGCCUCCUUGGCCCUUCUUGGGGGCCUCUCGGGCUCCCUUGGGCGGGAGGCUCUGAAGACCAAGCAGUAGAGCACGCAGCGGAUGUAGAGUAAACACAUGUCUGUUUGAAUGCGCAUGGUUUUUUUGGCUAGCACCCAGGGCCUCCAAGACGGCCCACGAGGCCCUUAAGAGAGCCCCCCAGGAGGGUCUCUUGGGGGCUGCUGAUGGAUCCUAAGCCUCUGCGCCCUUUCUUGGGAGGCUUCCUGGAGGCCCACGGUGGAAGCUCCCGGCAGCGCCUCUGAGCGCUGGGCAGCGCCCCAGAUCCCAUCUGCUUGGUGGUCUGGGCCCUUCGAGCACAAAGCCCUUUUCCGCUCGAGCGCGUGUGUGAGCCUCGGGGCGCUCCGACAGGUGCUGCAGGCACGGGGGCGGGUUCGCCGCAGGACAUGCACCACAGUGACGGCGACGUGGGCAAGAACUGCGGGGUCUCAGACUUCAGGGACAAGCACAACGUGCAGUACUGCGACCUUGUCGGCUUGCCAGACCUGUGCACCUCCUGCGACUAUGUGAAGAAGACCGUCGUUGCUUUCAUCAACCACCUCGCCGAUUUGGGCGUCGCGGGCAUCCGCAUCGACGCCGCCAAGCACCAGGAUGCAGAAGAGUUGGGCUCGCUGCUGAGCGCUGCGAACACCAGCCUGUUUUGCUUUCAAGAGGUAAUAUCUGGCGUUGGCGAAGCGAUUACGCCUGAAAUGUACACCAACAAUGGCGCAGUCACCGAGUUCAACUACGCCAGGCAGCUCGCUCCGAACUUCCUCGAUGAAGGCAAGCUGCAGUUCUUCGACGGCUUCGGAGAGAAGUGGGGCUUCCUUGCCAGCGACAAGGCGGUCGUCUUCCUGGACAACCACGACACGCAGCGCGGCGAGGCCAAGCUCACCUACAAGAACGGCGGGCUGUACCAAUUGGCCAACAUCUUCAUGCUGGCACAUCCGUAUGGUUAUCCGAAGGUCAUGAGCUCGUAUGCCUUUGCUGGCACGGACGACGGUCCCCCAUCUUCGCCCGUGCAUUCCGACGGCGGCGUCGCCUGCAGCGCUGGUCCUGGCCAAGACGCGCCAUGGAUCUGCGAGCACAGGUGGACGGCGAUCGCAAACAUGGCCGCGUGGCGCCGUUCCGCGGGCACUUCCCCUGUGGGCAGCUUCCAGAAGAUGGCGGCCGACGUGAUCGUAUUCUGUCGUGGCCAGACGGCAUGUGUGGCGCUCAAUCGCCUGUCAUCCCCGUGGUCUGGCAAUGCCAAGCUGUCACUCCCGGGCGGUUCGUACUGCAACGUCAUCGAGUCCGACGACACGUCCUCCUGCCCGCAGGUCCAGGUCAACCUCGAUGGCUCUGUGAAUCUGCAGAUUCCGGCUAUGAGCGCGGUGGCUUUGCACACUGGCAAGCAGGCCAAUACGACGCUCAUUCUUACGUGAGACCCUGGCUCCCAGCAGCACUCUCUCGCUCUCUCGCUCUCUCUCUCUCUCUCUCUCUGUGUUUUUGCGCCAGCUCGACGGUCUUGUCGGGGAUCCAGCCCGCCCGCCGGCUCGCCGACGCUUCUGGCGGGGGCGGAAGCUUCUCGGGCCGGAGGCCACGCCCGGGCUGGGCUCACACGGUGAUGAGCAGCGAGGGCAGCUUGCAGCAAAACCCGCGGGCAGCCAAGGCCGCCGGCGGGCCAGGCUCGGUGCAGUUGCCAGGGGAAGCCAGCCGUUCGCGUUCGGGCGGCGCGCAGGCCAGGGGCGUGCGUGAGGCCGCUCAGCUGGCCCCCACGGGGCGGUGCAGCUGAUACAGCGCCCGCCUUCGCAGGUGUGCGCGCUGAGGGGGCACCAGGAAGACCUCUGCCUGCGGGUCUCGCCUCGCGCUCGCCGCGGAAAGGGAGAG